UAGAGCUACAAUCCAAUCAAAUGUUUGUAAUACUAGGUCCCAUUUUGUGACGAAGGAUGGUAUAAUUGCUGUAUUUAUUCCAUGAAUCAACUUUAUUAACUUAUUAUGAUAUGAAUUGAAUUAGUCUCUUAGUCAAAAAAUAAUAACUAUUUGUGAGGUAUGCGACUGCGUUGGUAAAGUUAACAAUUUAUGAGAUAUGUAUUCAUUUGAAGGGGACUUUCGGCGUAAACCGCAACAAAACUUGUCCGGGGCCAGUGCUCAGCGCAAAACCAACCGAGAUGCUCUCAUUCUCCAGACUCAACAACAAAGACAAAAACGAGAGGAGCACAGGAGACGCCUUAAUAGCACCAUUAAAAUCCAAGCAUAUGUGAGAAGUUACCUAACUAGGAAGCACUGCAAGCAGAGUGAGCGGGAGGAGUUUGACAACAUAUUCCCUAAAGUUAAUGCUGAUGAUGUUGAUCUGUUGUGUGCACUGGUUGUAAAAAUUCUGUUCUUCUAUGAUGGAAAAGUGGAUUCUUCUAGACUGGUCUCAGUUUCCCAAUUGUUGUUAAAACAAUGGCGAAAAGUUUUUCAAAAUGGAGGCUGUUAUAUUCAAAUAAGAAGGUUACUUGUCCUACACCUGCGGCUGUUAAAAGAUGGAUCAGAGGUACCUUUAGCUGUGCCCCUCAGAAUGUUUGAAGUAUUCACUUCUAUCAAUUCAGCAGAAAAUUCUAUGAACUCUGAUGAAAUAUUGAGCAAUGUUGCUGGUACAUUUUUGUAUUUAGUUAAAAGAGGCUACUUCACGGAGCUACGGGAGUUGUUAUGCCGUAAGACGCCCCCGCUGUAUAGUCCCUCGCCCAACCCGCCCACGCCUCUUUGCGGAGCCCUGUUGGAUCUUAUUCAGAGACCUGUCAAUCUGACCACGUGCGUUGACGUCAGUGGAUAUGAUAACAUGGUUAUGUCAGAAUUCGCAUCAGCAUUCCUCUGCAACCCAUACCCCGAGCCGGUGGAGAUGUACAUAAUCCCAGCACUCUCCGUGGACAGCAGAAAGUUCCCAUUCCUGUCCCUCAUGCAGUGUCUACAGGACGAGACUAUAUUCAACAAGAGAGUGCUCAAUGAUUCGUGGUUGCUGCAUUCUGUGCUGUCACUAGAACCUCCAGGGUUUGCGAAUGAAAUCCGCAACAUAAACAACACAAGACUGCCAAACAAUCCCAUCGUCCUAGAUUACCUUAAAAUAAUAGCCCAGCUCACCGUCAAUGUGUGCAAUAAACAAAUAACUUACGAGUAUGAGGAUUCCUUGUACAGCCAAGAGACUGCGGCAGACAAAGAUGACGAUAGCGACAGUGAGACAGAACCUAACCCAACUUCUGUACGAGAGCAGAUGUUGCUCACUCGUUGUAUAGAAAUUCUGAAUGAGCCGGAUAGAUGCGUCAUGACUACGUGCUCGCAGAUAACGGAGAGUGAUCUGAGUGAGGACUUUUUGGAUUGUUUGUCGAAGAUCUGUCAUAAUUUGCUGCUGAGUCAUAGGAUGGCGUUGCAUAAAUAUAGAUUACUAUACACACUGGCGUUCAAGCCCAUAUUCCUGCGAGGCGUAUGGCAGUGGCUGAGCCACAUGAGCCACGAGUCGUCGUUCGGCGGCUCGGCCACGCCGCUGCUGUCGGCGCUGUCCCGCGGCAUGGGCGGCGAGACGGUCGCGCUCGGCGUGCACCGCCUGCUGGCGCCGCUGGCCGUCUUCUGCGCGCUCUUCUCGCUGCUCAUCGGCACGCUGCACGACACCGAGUUUUGCCGGGACGUGGAUGAUGAUGACAUGAGCUGCGACUCCAUUUUCAAUAACGACAUCAACGUAUCCCACUUACCCACCGGCGGCGGCGGCCGCGUCCACGCCUUCGAGUUUUCAGAGCUCGGCGGUUUAUGCCGAACACUCCGACAAGUCUGCCUUGGGCUGGUGGAACUAGCCUAUCCGGAGUCCCGACCGGCGGUCAACACUCAGUACCGGGAUGCGGUCGGAGCGCCUAUAGAGCUGGCAGGCAGUCAGACGCCUGCCUGGUCACAUUUAUUCAAGGUGUGCACCCACCUCCUCCGCGCGCUAUACGUGCGCGACUCGCGACUAUGCUUCAUGCCCUCCGGCUCGUGGCCGGUGCGGGGCUGCGUGCCCGAGGGCGCGGCCGCCGUGCUCGUGGUGGCCGGCACGCACGUGCGGCCCAACCCGCGCCAGCUGCGUCGCCCGCAGCACCUGCACCACGCCAGGGACCAGGACGAGGGACCGCCGCUAACAAUCAAAGAGCUCCGAACAGUCACUAUUCUAAGAGAGAUCCCGUUUGUUGUUCCGUUUGCCACGAGAGUCCUUAUUUUCCAAGGAUUACUUGUUAGAGAAAAGCACGACCACUGGUAUGAGAUGUCAAAUUUCAACGAAGGACCUUCAAUAAACAUUAGCGUACGACGGACGCAUCUAUAUGAAGAUGCUUUUGACAAACUCAGUCCUGACAAUGAGCCGGACAUGAAGCUGAAGCUGCGCGUGCAGCUCAUCAACCAGGCCGGUGCCGAGGAGGCGGGCGUCGAUGGAGGCGGAUUGUUUAGAGAAUUCCUGUCGGAGCUACUAAAAUCGGCGUUUGACCCCAACAGAGGCUUGUUCAGGUUGACGAAAGACAACAUGCUUUAUCCCAAUCCCGGCGUACAUUUGCUGUAUGACGAUUUCCCCAUGCAUUACUAUUUCGUUGGUCGAAUGCUAGGAAAGGCAUUAUAUGAGAAUCUACUGGUGGAACUGCCGUUAGCGGAGUUCUUCCUCGGGAAGCUGUGCUCCUCCCGCGAGCCGGACGUGCACGCGCUGGCCUCGCUGGACCCGGCGCUGUACCGCGGCCUGCUCAUGCUCAAGUCGCAUCGGCGGCAGGACGUGCCCGACCUGGGGCUGGACUUCACCAUAGUCAGCGACGAGCUAGGGGAGCAGCGGAUAGAAGAAUUAAAACCUGGCGGAUCUAAUAUUCCAGUAACUUCUGAAAAUAGGAUAGAAUACAUUCAUCUAGUAGCCGAUUACAAAUUAAACAGGCAAAUAAGGUCGCAGUGCAACGCGUUCAAACGCGGUCUAACAUCAGUAGUAAACGCGGAGUGGCUUCGAAUGUUCUCAUGCCGAGAACUGCAACUGCUCAUAUCGGGGGCGGAGGUGCCAAUAGACCUGGACGAUCUGAGGAAGCACACGCAAUAUGCUGGCGGCUUCUCCGCGACGCACCCGACUGUGCAAUGGUUCUGGAAGGUGGUAGAAAACUUCGAGGACGCGCAGCGCCGACAGCUACUCAAGUUUGUCACCAGCUGUUCGAGGCCACCGCUAUUGGGUUUCAAGGACCUCCAGCCCCCGUUCUGCAUCCAGUCAGCGGGCGCAUCCGACCGGCUGCCGUCGUCCUCGACCUGCAUGAACCUGCUCAAGCUGCCCGAGUUCCACUCCGAGCAGCAGCUGCACGAGAAGCUGCUCUACGCCAUACAGGCCGGCGCCGGCUUCGAGCUCAGCUAAAGUCCGACAACAAUGUUGUAUGCGUGCAAAUAACUUAAUGAAUUAUUUUGAAAGAUUUUUCAUUAAUAGUACAUCUAAAUGUGAUAAUAUUAUAUCUAAUGACGUUCAGUGUCUUAUUGUGUAAAUAGUAAAAUGUUACCCGAUCCAAUUCACUCACUUUAUUUUAAGAUCAUGCAUAUAAUCUUACGAUUGCGUAUGUUUAUUUUUUAUGUUCCUAUUUUAUAAUAAAAAUCUUGACGUAUUUGAAAUAUUUGAUAUCAUCACACAAAGAAGCGCGUUUAUUAUAUUUGUGUGGUUCUCGAAAAAUGGACUAUAAAGCGACUGGUCCUUACGAUAUUAUUUACGAUGCUCAAAUACAAAUUCGUUGUGACUUUACGUAGGUAUAUCGCAUUAUGGUCCCUUUUGGCCAGUAACGACUCAUUAGACCAUCGUUUUACUAUCGUUUUAUAUGACACUACUUCUACGUGUAAAUAUAAUCCUAUUUGUGUAAGUAGCUAGUCCGGAUUGAUACUGUUUCAUUUGACGUGUAAAAGGAAGUAAUUAUUAUGAAAUUUCGAAUGCAAUUGUACAUAGUCAUAACGGCUGUUUAGUUAAGGCAAAAUUCUUGCACAUUUCAAAAAAACGAGGCAGUAUGAAUUACGAUCAUGUAUUUCCUGAUGCGAAACUUCGUAUCAAAAUCAAGACAAAUCUUUUUAAAAUCAUAUUAUAACUGUUGGUUUGUAGUUUUGGGUUCCAUGCGGUGAGUAAAAAUGGCCGGACCCUCGGAUGAAUACAUUGUAUUGACGACGAAAGAUACGCAAUUUGUUUACCUUACCUUUACCUGUACCUUUAAACUCUUUAAAGGGUCAGCAAUUAGGCAGACAGUCGCUUGCUUAGUUACUGACUAUCGUGGUCAAAAAUAACGUGGUAAUACAGUCAUAUUAACAGCAGAGUAAUGUUGAUCUUAAUAAAAUUGAAAAUUACUAAAAGUAUAAACUGAAAUAGAUAACACAAAUCAAACAAUAUUUCAUUAAUUUAAUUUGUUCCCUAGUUGUAAUAAAAAUACUUUUUAUUAGUUUUGUUUUUUUUUUAAUAUUGUGAAACAGGUCAAGAAUUUUGACUCGACUAAACAGCCGUUAAUUAGUUCAAUGGUUGGUUAUAGAUGCAUAGUUAUAUUUACCGUGUCGGUCUGGUACCUGUAUAUUAUAUCCGUGACAAUUUGUGUCAAAUUUGCGUUUUUAUUUUAGAUUAUAUAUAUUUUAGUACCUAUUUAAUAAAGUUGUCGUACCCUUCA